GAAAUGGUACGAUCGGACUGGAAAUCUUAGAAGAUCUCCCCAACGUCGAUACAAUCAUCGUACCUUACGGAGGAGGGGGGUUAAGUACAGGAAUAGCCUCGGCUGUGAAAUCAAUCAAACCUGAUACAAAGAUAUAUGCCUGUGAAGUGGUGACUGCUGCUCCACUAUCUGCUUCUCUGGUUGCUGGGAAACCAAGCUCCUGUCACUACACACCAAGUUUUGUUGAUGGAAUAGGCUCCAAGAUGGUACUGCCUGAGAUGUGGAACAUGGUCUCAAAUUUAAUCGAUGACUCACUGGUGGUUUCUGUCAAACAAAUUGCAGACGCUGUUGCCCUUUUAAUUAAGAGUAAUUGCGUUGUGGCUGAGGGUGCUGGUGCGGCGCCUCUAGCUGCGGCAUUGAAUAAACUUGGUAGCGAGGGCAACAUUGUAUGCGUUGUAUCCGGUGGAAAUAUUGAUUCUGGCAAACUUAUUUCGAUAUUACAAAAUGAGAUUCCACAUUAA